AUGGCCGCUAUCGACCUCCUAGCCCUUGAAGCACGACACCAAGUGAUCAAGCGAAGCAACUGGGCCGGCGAGAAUCCCGGUGUGGUCCUGGUCUUUUGCAUCGUUUUCAUCGUUGCUGUGGGAAUCAUCGCGCUCUUCAUCUACCGAAAAUGCAUGGCACGGAAAGCAGCGAAACAGUCAUAUGAGGAUGGAGGAUACAAAUUCGGGCUGGCUACGUCGCUGCAACGAUCGAUACGCACGUUUUUCUUAUCUUUAUGUGCCUUUUGUCCGUCCGUCGAGGAUACCCGCUCUGGCUUUUGGUGGAUCUGGGCGCUGACGGAUCGCUACUAUGAAAGAGCUGCCACGGCCAGAAUGGGCCACUUCCGCAUGGGACCAGCAAUUGCGCCAAUGAUGGGACUGCAAGUGGUCCAGAUGGCAACGGACCUCGUAUUCGGGUGGAUCGUCAUCAGCACCGAUUAA